AUGCACUCACCUCCUAGAGAACAGCCUGCCAUCAUGCUCUGGAAACUGGUUGAAAAUGUCAAGUAUGAAGAUAUCUAUGAGAUGUUAGUCCACACCUAUUCCGCCAUGGACCGGCAUGAUGGAGUGCCCAGCCACAGUUCCAGGCUGUCCCAGCUGGGAUCCGUCUCCCAGGGACCCUACUCCAGCGCUCCUCCGCUCUCUCACACCCCAUCCUCGGAUUUCCAGCCGCCUUAUUUCCCACCCCCCUACCAGCCUCUUCCUUACCACCAAAGCCAGGACCCUUACUCCCAUGUCAAUGACCCCUACUCCCUAAACCCCUUGCACCAACCCCAGCAGCACCCCUGGGGACAGAGGCAGAGGCAAGAGGUGGGAUCAGAAACCGGGUCACUGCUGCCACAGCCUCGGGCCGCCCUGCCCCAGCUCUCGGGACUGGACCCCAGGCGGGACUACCACUCAGUAAGGAGGCCAGAUGUCCUUCUGCACUCAGCUCACCAUGGCCUUGACUCCGGCAUGGGGGACAGCCUUUCCCUGCAUGGCAUCGGACACCCAGGGAUGGAGGAGGUCCAGUCAGUUGAAGAUGCCAAUAACAGCGGUAUGAACUUAUUGGACCAGUCUGUCAUUAAAAAAGUUCCGGUUCCUCCAAAAUCUGUUACUUCUUUGAUGAUGAAUAAAGAUGGCUUCCUGGGUGGAAUUUCAGUCAAUACCGGAGAGGUGUUUUGCUCUGUACCCGGCCGCUUGUCUUUGCUUAGUUCAACUUCAAAGUAUAAAGUAACUGUGGGAGAAGUUCAAAGACGCCUUUCUCCUCCAGAGUGUCUGAAUGCGUCCCUCCUAGGAGGAGUACUUAGAAGAGCCAAAUCGAAAAACGGGGGGAGAUCUUUGCGAGAAAGGCUAGAAAAAAUCGGUUUGAAUUUACCAGCCGGCAGGCGUAAGGCCGCAAAUGUCACUUUACUCACCUCCCUGGUGGAAGGUGAGGCCGUUCAUUUAGCUCGGGAUUUUGGGUACAUCUGCGAAACGGAGUUCCCAGCCAAAGCUGUUUCUGAGUACCUGAACAGACAGCACACGGACCCCAGCGACCUCCACUCCAGGAAAAACAUGCUGCUUGCUACAAAGCAACUUUGUAAAGAAUUUACAGAUCUUCCCCGGGCAAGGUCCCCCAUUGGAAACAGCCGGCCCACCCCUAUUUUGGAACCGGGCAUUCAGAGCUGCUUGACUCACUUCAGCCUCAUCACUCACGGCUUUGGGGCCCCCGCUAUCUGCGCUGCCCUCACGGCCCUUCUCAACUACCUGACUGAAGCUCUCAAAGGCAUGGACAAGAUGUUCUUGAACAACAACACUGCUAACAGGCACACAUCUGGCGAAGGACCAGGUAGUAAAACUGGAGACAAGGAAGAGAAACACAGAAAAUGA